AUGCAGGCAUGCGUGCCUUCAUAUCCCGGCUACCCUCCAGAGACGGACAGGCCUGUGAAACCACUUCUCAGUGUCCAACCUGUCCAUUCAUAUGCCGGGCCACCAGCUGAACAGGCUGUUCCUGGCCAGCACAUCAUCUACGGGCCCACGGUUGGCGCAACAGAUGGACCCAUGCAGGCUGUGCCCACUAUUGUCAUGACUUCGCAGCCGAACCAGCAGAUGCCAGCACAGCCGGUGGUUGCACAGCAGCAUUUGCCUCCUCAGCUGCCGCCACCUAUGCCACAAACCAUGCCCCAGCCCCUGCCCCCCGCCAUGGCACCCCCACCAGCACCGUUGCCCCAUGCGUUGCCUCCGAUGCCACAGACGGGGCCGGCCAUGCACCCGCCAAUGCCGCACCCCUUGGCCCAAACAAUGCCGGCACAGCAGAUGCCGCCGGGAGCGACUUUCCCACAUCACGUGGCAGCACAUUCUACUGCGCCGUCCGCUUACUCCCCCUAUCAGUAUCCGCCGUAUCAGCCGCCACACCACCAGGCCUACGGCCCACCUGUGCUGGAUCCAACCCCGCCGCCACCGAUGCAAUCCCCAAAGCUGGGGCAGGCGGGCUUCCAGGGGUUCAUGAUGCCUCCUCCCAUGGGUUCACCCAGGUUGCCCAUGGACAUCAGACCUCUGUUGGGAAUGCAAGCUGCUGCAUAA